GUAUAAAUAUGAAGCUUCACCUAAAGAGUUCCAAAAAACCUUGGAUUUCUCCUCGAAAUCAUGCAUAUUCAUUGUAUCCCCCAACAGAAUUCCAGCUGUCUAGUGAGGAUAUCAAGAAAACUCAUCUAAAUCCUAUAAGAAUGAUUGAUUCUUUGGAACUGAUGGAUUCUCCUUCUUCGACAGGACAAAAAGAUUUGAUAGCUAUGAAUAAAAUACCCUUCAAAUAAGCUCUUUCAGUCCCACACUCAGAGCAAUCAGAAAUACAUCCUCUUCCCUGAGCUAGCAAAUAUCUGCAAGAAAAUAGGCCUUUUCCCUGAGUUUUUGAAUUACAAAGAAAUCAAAGCUAUUAUUUGUGACGUGAAGAAGGUAAAUGGGCCUGAUGCUAGCAUCCAAUCCUUUAAGAUCACCUUUGACAACUUCCUAGAGUUCCUCCAUAAGUGCUCUGAUUUUUAUGAAGUUGGAAAACUUCAUAAAAAUAAUAGAAACAGUUCAAAAUGUCAAAGGGCAAAGACAACUAAAAUUAAAGACCUCAAGGGAUCUUCGAUGACUGCCUCUUCAAAGGAGUUUAUCUCCCUUAUUCAGUCAAGAGUAAAAUUUAACUACCAAAUAAAUUUGAAAGUGAGCCACCAUGCUAAGAAUUUCAGUAAGAAUUUAACCAGAAAUACUUCGAAAUAAAAUUAUGAAAAGUCCUACAUCUCAGUCAAAACUCAGCAGACAGAUUGACUCGAAAGCCUGCAGUAAGCAGACUAGCAAUGAAGCUCAGAAUGCCCCAGUGUGCAAUACCCCAAAGCUUCAAAAAUAUGAGAUAGACCUAAUCAAGAAAGUGAAAUAAGAUAAACACCUCAAGGAAGGUCAAUUCAACAAGUUUUGAAGAGCCAUUUAAAGCUUCCUUUGACAAUUCUGCAAUGAGAGAGUACAAUAUGAAAGUAAAAGGGAUCAAGUCUCAAAGCAAAAAGAAUUUGAAAAAGGAAAUAAUCAAUAAGCCAAAACUCUUGGAAGAUAUACCUUCAAAGGCUUUCAUAGAAAGCGAGAGAUUUGAAACCAACUUCAGAAACUCUGAGCUAGAAAUAAUACAGCAGAAAUCAUCAAAUAGCACAUUAUUUUCAAACUACCAAAAAGCAAAUACAAUCUCUCACCAAAGCAUGUUCGCCAAAGAAGACUCUAAAUUAGGAAGGAAAUAAUGUGGAAAGCUUUCAAAACCCAACUUCAAAAUUCAGUCUAUUUAACCACAGUGACCUGAUUAACCCCGAAGAGCUUAACGAAAGCAUCGCUUCACUAAAGGAUAAUACCCAGAGUCAGACCAAUCGGAGGACUAGAAAAGAGAGAAAGAUUGUAACCCUAGAGAGUGACGAUGGUAAUAACACUCACAGAAUUAAAAGCCAGAUCUCUCAUUUCAACAAGUCUAAUAACCUAUCUCCCAAGAUUGAUGAAAGUCUGCAUUAUCAGAAUAUCAAAAAUAAGUAUAUCAAAUCAGGCAAAAAUCAAAGAAAUAACCUUCAGAAGAAAAGAUUCAUAGUGAACUCUCCAACAUCAAGUCUCUUCAAAGGAGGUCUGAGAAGUACAUUAUUAGUAGACCUUGAUAAUGAUGAUGAUUACAUGAAGAAGUCAUAUAAGAUGACUCCAAAGACUAUAGAUAAAAGAAAGUACCUUUCGCUCUCUAAGAACUCCCACAACAAGUCCUCCCUAAGCAUUGGAAUGUCAUCUUCAGAUGUAAUAGGAAAGAUAAAAUCCACAUUUGAAAGAUUUAUCGAGAAUAAUGAUAAAAUACAGAGUGCGAGGAGUCUGGAGAAUCUUCACAAAGUAGCUCAGACUAUAAAUGUUCAAAAACAGAACAAGAUAACCAACACAGCCAUUGGUCUGGGCAUCCUUCAAGGAAUUCUGGGACCGAAGCGGAAGAAAUUACUCAGAAAAGCAAUAGCAGAGUUGAAAAACUAGA